CACUAGUUUAUAAUAACCAUCUGACAAACUGUUAAAUUUUUAUUUGGUUAAAAAAAAGCUUCUUAAGAAAAUAGGAAGCAAUUUAAAUCGACACAUGAAUGAAUUUAGAACAGUUUAAGAAAGGUGGCAAAUAGUAUUGAGCAUGGACACAUCACACAGAGACACGCAGAAGAAUCCAAUCGAAGCUUUGAGUAAAGAUGAACUCAUUUCCAAAUAUAAAGGGCUGCUCGGCAUUGCCAAGAAAGCGAAGCUAGCCAAAGAUGAGCUCACCGAGGAGAACCGACAGUUAAAGGAGGCUCUGACAAAGGCCGCAGCCAAGCAGAGUAGUCUUGCAGCGAUGCAGGAGAUGCUGCAGGAAUUUACGGACAAGAAUCUUUUAUUAACGGAGCAAGUGAACAGCCUACAGCGCAGGACCAAAGAGGAUGCUGAUCGAUUGGAACAGUUUGAGAUUGAAAACGAGAGCUUGAAACGUCAAAUAGGACGUCUAAGCGAUGAAAAUGAUGAUCUCCUUGCGGACGUCGAACGCAUGGAGCAGGCCAUGCACCAAGUUAACGCACUUGGCAACGAACAGCGCAAGAAUCUCGAAUUACUCGAGGUGGACAUUGCCAAAAUCAAGGAGUCAGAGGCGCAUAAUGAUAUACUAAGAGAACAGGCCGAGAGUGCAGCGGAAGAGACGAGACUGCAUGUCGCCAAGCUUGCUGAACUCCAAGAGAAAUAUGACUCAGUCAAGCAACUGAAUUCCGAGCAACGCAAAAAGUUCAAUGCACUCAAGGAUCGGUUCAUCGAUGUGUAUCGAAAGCUUAAGAAUCUUAAGGAAUGCAAGUGUGUUUUACUAGAAACGCAGCAUGAAUAUGCGGCCUCCGUUUCCAAGUGGCAGCAGGAGAUUGUCAAGGCAUCACAGCUGCUCUGCGCCAAGAUGACAACAUUACAAGAAGAGAACCUGGAGCUAAAAGAACAGCUAGAGGCAACAAAUCGAACGUCCCAAGUAUCAUUCUGCAAUAAACGGUUGCUCCAAAAGGUUAACGAGAUGGAACGCUUGUCUAAGCUGGUCAAGGAACAGCAGGCACAGCAACAGCAGCUUCCAAAGAAUGCACUAGACAUAGAUGGUGUGCUGGCCAAGUUAAACCGUGUAGAGCAUCUGGCGAAUAUCGUGCGGGAGCAACUAAGCUCCCAGCAAACUGAAUCAGCUGCCAGUACACUCAACGUAGCCCACUUUAAAGAUAGGAUCAAUCAACUGCAGCGCUUAACUCAGGUGCUGCAACAGGAACGCAGUGAGCAACAAUCUGCACUGGAAUUAAUGAAGCAACGAUACGAGCGCGAAAAUGCACAACUGGAGGCCAGUUGUGUGGAGUUGCGACAGCACAAUGAUGACUUGCAGUCGCGGUAUCAACUGAAGGAGCACGAGCAUGCCGAAUUACUGGCCGAGAUGCGGGAACUGAACGAGGCACUAAAAGCACGCGGCGAUGUCAUUUCACGGAUGCAGGAGCAGCAUGACAAGAGUCAUAAGGAGCUUCAAGUUCUAGCCGACAAGCUGACGGAGAAGGCACAGCAGCUGGAGCAAGCUCAGGGCAGAGUUGAUGAACUGGAGCAGCAAGAUCACAUGAAUGGCGAUGCACAGAGCGAUGUGCUGUCCACCUCAACAAUAUCACGUGCCGAGGAAUUGAGUCGCCUGCGCGAACUGGACGAUGGAUACGAGGAGAAAUACAAUAAGCUGCGUUCGCUGGCCGCUAAACUGAAGAAGAAACUUCAGGAACAGACCCAGCAAAUUAAAGACAUGGAACAAGCGGGCUCAACAAAACUGGAGACCGAACUGGAAGCUAUCAAAUUAGCGCAGACGCAGCUGCAACAAGACUUGAAUGCAGCGCGUGCCGAAAACCAAAAACUUAAGUCCAAGGACAAGUCAAAGAGCUCAAAUGUAUUGAAUCUUGAAAUUGAGGCAACUGAAAAGUCACUGGCCGAAGUGAGUACCAAACUGAUGGCCAAGUCCGCUGAACUGGAAGCCCUCAAGGAGACGCUCGUUAGCAAGGAGAACACCAUAACCAUGCUGCGUCAAGAGAUCAGCAUAUUGGAGGAAGCUCAGAGGGGAGAGGCAGCGCAUAGCAAGCAACUGAAGCAGCAAAUUGAUCUGAUGCAAGCGCAGAUUAAAGACGCUGUGCAUGGCAAGCAGCAGACACUCUCGGAAAACAAGGAACUGGAGCAGCACGUGGAGCAGCAGAAGCAACAAGUGGAGCAAAUGCGUCUGCAGUUGGCUGAGAGCACACAACAAUACGAGUCCAAGCUGAAGCAGUCCCAGGAGAUGUUAACCAGCUGCACACAGCAGUUAGAGAUGCGACUGGAUGCACUUGCUCAACUGGAGAACUCCUUGCGCAACACUGAGCGUGCCAAUGAACAGCUUCAAGCCGAGUACUCUGACUACAAGAUUAAGGCGCAGUCAGUGCUGCGCAAGCAACAGAAUCGUGACACGGACAAGGAGCACGACCUCGAAGCCGAGUUAUCCACGAUGCGGGACAAUGAACAGAAAUUGCGAGCCAGCAAUGCAGACAGCGCUCAGCGAAUCGCCCAGCUGGAGUCGCAAUUGGAUAGCUUACAGCAGGAGAACACACAACUAAUGCGACAAAGUCAGAAGCUGUUGGGCGCUUCCGAUGAGCUGCGUGAGCAAGUCGACAACUUAAGCCAGGACAACCAACGGCACCUGCAGCAACAACAACAGCAGCUGCAACAACAUCGCCAGCAGAUUGAACAGAUGGAUGGUGUGCAUCAAUUGCAGGUAUCCCAACUGCGGCAGCAAAUUGAACAGCUCAAAAAGGCAGCUUCUGUCAUUCCCCUUGUCCCACCAAUGCCCAAAGCGGGUGCAGCUGGCAUCGAUGUCACUAGCGCGGAGCAGAGCAAGAUUGAUUAUCUACUGGACCACGACAGCAGUGGUGAGACACUGGCACAGCUAGCAGCACAGCGAAAGAUUUCCACUGCUUCCCGUCGAUCGCACGAUUUUAUGCCACUGGACGAGCUACUGAAUACAUCCCUAAAUGCCAUCAAUAGUGAUACAGUGACGACGAUUUCCAACUUUGGACGCAGCGUCAGCAUGCAGGAUGAUGACUUGGAGCUGGAUGCACGUGGGGAAACGCAAGCAGCACUAAUGGCCACCAAAGAGCGCUUAAACAUACAGGAGAGUCGUGUCCGUCAUCUGACUUCCCUGCUGGCCGAGAACGAGCAGGAUCUGGCCAAGCUAACGCAAAUGAAUGAUAUGCUCAAAGAGGAACUUCGGCGCCAGGAACGUUCAGAGGAGCGGGAACAGCACAUGCACAAUUCAGAGUAUCUGAAGAAUGUAUUCCUGAAGUUUAUUACACUGACCAACACGGAUGAGAGACAACGCCUGGUGCCGGUGCUCAAUACAAUACUACGUCUGAGUCGCAACGAAAUGGAAAUGCUGAAUUGUGUGGCCAAGGGUCAGAAAGUUUCCACUGAUGGCAAUAAUCGUAGUUGGACGGGAUUUCUAAGUGCCUGGAGUGGAGGAGGUAACUCGGCGAGCAAUAGCAACUAACUGCCGAACAGUCCUUUCGUUUUUAUUGGUAUUAUUGGUAUUACUUAAUAAGGGAAGCCAGCAAUUGCAUUAAUCCCUUAUUACAGUUACUCUGUAUAUGUGUAUUGUGUAAAUCUUGUAUAUGAUUAUUGUCCCCAAAAUUGUAUUUAUGUAUUUAAAAAAAAAAAAAAA